AUGGUGGUGAAGGAAGCCGGUGGUGUUGGAAUGAUUAUGGUGAACUCCGAUAAUUUUGGGGAGGACCUCGUGGCUGAUGCCCAUUUGAUCCCAACUGCCGCCAUUGGUUACCGAGGUGGUGAAGCCAUAAAAAGCUAUAUACUCUCCAAUGAUAAUCCAACGGCCACAAUUACAUCUCGAGUAACAAAAUUACACAUCCAACCGUCACCGGUACUCGCAGCUUUCAGUUCCAGGGGCCCGAACCCGAUCACCCCUAAAAUCUUGAAACCGGAUUUCAUCGCACCAGGGAUGGAUAUUCUAGCUGGUUGGACCGGUUUUACCGUUCCAACCGGUUUAACAGAAGACACACGACGUGUCAAAUUCAACAUCGUGUCUGGGACAUUGAUGUCGUGUCCGCACGUAAGUGGGUUAGCCGCCUUACUAAAAGCAGCUCAUCCUACCUGGACCCCAACGACAAUAAAAUCAGCCCUUAUGACCCAGUUCGAGCCAUGA